AUGCCACUGAAUCAACCAGUCACUCCAACAAGAAGACCUUUUUUCAAGACAUACUACGUCUGUGUCAGAGGAUCUGGAUCACAGACUAUUUCUGUACGUGAACCCCAGCACCUAGAGAAAUGGAAUAUUUAUCAAGAGAAUGACAUGCUACCCAAGCACUCAAAAAGGCCAGAGCCCAAAAAGCCUGAAAUCAGUCCCAUGCAAGCCAAAGGUUUCUAUGAUCUUGAUUCUUUAAAAUAGGCUGCCUGGAUCAGAGCCCAGAACCAGCCGGUUCCAUGUGAUGUUUGUGGGCGUACUUUCCUUCCAGGCAGACUGAUCGUGCACCCAAAGUCCUGUAAACUGAAACCCUGAAGCAUGAAGCGAGUGUAGCAUGCUUGCAGGCACACACGCUCACACACACCCGUACAUGUGUGUGUGUGCAUGAAUGCACACGUGCACCUUUCGUACAAGCAACAAGUGAAAUAAAAUCCAUCUGGAAAGCCACGGACAUGAAGGCUGCAGUGUGUUGUGAAAUCACAUGGUCCAAAAGUCUCCAGAGUAAAACCAACAGCCAUUUCUGCAGGGUAAGUUCAGAUAUGGUGAUAUUUGGCCCAGCGGUAG